AAUAAUUUUUAACGCAACACGAGUCAGUCAUUUGAACGCGUUGCAGGUCAAUUGAGCCAGUUGCGCGUGCCGAGCCCGACCGAUCGCCGACGUAAACCUAGCACGCGAAAAUAACCUAGGACAACAAUUUUGCGGUUCAAUACAACACAGUGAAUUAAGUUAAUAUUUCAGUGAAGUCAAUUAAACAUAAAUAAUUUAUUAUGAGUAGUUCGAUGAUAAUUACAAUAGAACUGUUUCGUUUCCAAUCCAUUAUAAAUGACUGAGGACGAUAUGUGGAAUAACUUAAUUGCGAGCGGAAGGUUAAAAUGGACUUUGCAAGCAUUGACACUGAUGACAGUUCUGUACAGCACGUUGCUCGUUUACCAAACUGUUACACGUGCUGACAUACAGAACGUGUCAGGUUGGCAGGAUUCUCGUGCUCUGACGCUCCUGGCUUUUUCCAACGAAGAAAUAUUAUUCAGUACACCUGUGGCUUCCAGUGCGGUCCCUACCAGUCAAACAUUAAGGGCUCGCACCUUCAGUGCACCACCCUUAUUCAACGAAAUUCUGAAUGAUAUCUUCAUCAGUGUCAAAACAACCAAGAAUUAUCACGAAUCACGUCUUAGAGCUAUACUCAAAACAUGGUUUCAAAUAGCUAAGAAACAGACUUGGUUUUUUACCGAUGUAGAAGAUCCUGUAUAUCAAAAGCUGACUGAUGGUCAUAUGAUUAAUACGAAUUGCUCGUUCUCUCAUAGUAGAAGAGCACUUUGCUGUAAAAUGGCUGUUGAGUUUGAUGCUUUUUUGGACAGUGGUAAACGAUGGUUUUGUCAUUUUGACGAUGACAACUAUGUGAACGUUCCAAAACUCGUUCAAAUGCUGAGUGGUUACAGCCCCCAGAUGGAUUGGUACUUGGGAAGACCAAGCAUCCGUGCACCUUUAGAAAUUAUGCAGAAGGAGAGAUUUUUCAAGCGCAAAGCAUCUUUUUGGUUUGCAACGGGAGGAGCUGGAUUCUGCAUUAGUAGAGCUCUUGCACUGAAAAUGCUUCCUUUAGCAAGUGACGGAAAGUUAAUAACUAUUGGAGAGAACAUUCGACUGCCUGAUGAUGUCACUGUAGGAUAUAUAAUUGAACACAUAUUGGGUAAGAAAUUAACUGUUAUAGAACAAUUUCACUCACAUUUAGAAUCAAUGAAGUUUCUCCGUGCGGAAACGCUGCAAGAUCAGAUAUCAUUUAGUUUUUCACGGAACAAGGGCGAAUGGAAUGUAGUGAACGUAAAUGGAUUCGAUCAUAAAGAUGAUCCAAACCGAUUUCUGUCGCUGCACUGUUUGUUGUUUCCAAACUACAGCUUUUGUCCAAGAUGACGAAGAAAUAGUGGCUGAAAUUGGCUAGUGUUGUUAAAUGUGAAAUUAACUGUGAUUCCAAAUGGAUAUAAGUCGUUGAAAACAGUCAUUAAGUGAAUGGGGAGUUGCAAUUGCAUUCGCAUUGCGAUUUUUAUAAGGUAACAACAUAAUGUGGUGUGUUUCUUAACCUCUUCGCUACGAGCGUCCCAUAUAGGACAUCCACGUGACCUGUGUGUACGGGUGUUGCCUAUAGACGACAUUCAACGUGUCGACCCUUGCUUCAAUAUUUAUCGCUCUGAUAUAAAUUAUUGAGAGUUCUAAUUUGUUAUUGUAGUUUUUAGUUCGUUAGAAGUAUAAUUUUUAAUGUUUAAAUACAUUUUUUUGUUAAAAAUGAUUGAAAAUUAGUGAAAUAUGUUGAGCUUAGUCCGCUCAGUCUGGCGACUCGCUGACUCGUACAGCAGUGUCUUUUCUGCGGAAAACACUCACGUAGCGAAAGGGUUAAAUAUGUUAUUGUUUAUUAUAUAUUAACGUACAAUUGAUAAUACGUACAACACAAUUUUGUGUUAAGAAUAUUUUUUUAGAUUGAUGUCACUGUUAUUCUAUUUUAUUACUUUAUUACUUUAGUCACUGUUACUUUUCAUGACGUUAUGGUAAACUAAAAUUAUAGUUAAGUAGGUUUUAGUAUUAUUCAUUUUAGUGAUGCACUAUGUUGAUGUUUUUGUUAAUAUAAUUUUUUAUUUACGUUUUAAUAUUACAUGACAUUAAUAUUUAGUAUAAUAUAAUUAACACAACGUCUGUAGCAAUAAUUUGAAAAGGUCGUAAUGCCUUAGUCAUUGCCUU